AACACAUCGAAAAUUAGCCGGGUCCAAUUUGAGGUUUGGCUACCUGUGGAGGACUGGAGUGGUAGAUUUGCAUUUGUUGGGAAUGGUGGAGGUCAGCAACUUGAUCAUUUUACAAACUCAUAUCUCCAAUGUGAAUCCUUGAUGCGAUUCUUUGCUGUCGCAUCGACAAACACUGGUCAUAAUGGCACAGUAACCGAUGGUACCUUUGCUAUCUCUAAUCCAGAAUCACAAAACGACUUUGGGUACCGUGCCGUUCACCUCAGUACUAUAUUUUCAAAGGUGGUCGUUCAGAAUUUUUACGCCAAAAAAGCUAAAAAGAGCUACUGGAUUGGCUGUUCUUCAGGGGGUAAACAAGGGCUGAAAGAAGUACAAGCCUUUCCUGAAGACUUUGAUGGCGUACUAGCAGGUGCAGCAGCGCAAUGGUGGACUCAUCUGAAUGGCUGGACGAUGGAAUCUAAUCUACGCAAUGCACCGACGACGGACGGGUUCAUGAAUGCGAGCGAUUGGGCCCUUAUUGAGGAACAUACCCUGAAAGAAUGUGAUAUGUUAGACGGCGUACAAGACAGAAUAAUUGGUAAUCCGCUAGUCUGCAAGCCAAACUUUGAUUCACUGCGAUGUUCCCAAGACCAGCUGCGAAACGCGAGUAGCAAUCUUGCCAUACCGUCAUGCCUGACCUCACAACAGAUAUCUGUAGCACGAUCUGCUUUUGAGGAUUGGGUCGAUCACGAUGGAGAAUUCCUGUUUCCCGGUUUUACUUAUGGCUCUGAGACAUUUGGACCUAUGGGGAUGUUCAUGAAUGAAAUAACAUUGCCACUUGCCAUGGAUUUUUUCAAAUACCAAGUAUUGGUGAGUUGGAUUACAAGAAUGCGUCCUAUUGCCGAUAAAACAAACCCUGGGCAAACCAAUGCAAUUGAUGGAAAUAUUUUGCCUUUCAUCAAUCGUGGAGGCAAAUUGAUGACAUACACUGGAAUGGCCGGUCAGCUCACAUCUGUGUCCCCUUCCAAAUCGAUCACUGCUGAUGACAUGAAGACACUAGGACGAGACCCAAGAGAGUCCUACAGAUUAUUUCCAGUACCUGGAAUGGGUCACUGCGGUGGUGGACCGGGGCCUACAAACAUAGGCGCAGCCAGCCAAACCGAGCUACCUAGGAAUUCAACUUUACAGUCAUAUUCUUUUCUUCCAGAAGACGAUAUGAUGUUAGCAUUGAUAGAAUGGACCGAAAAUGGGAAAGCACCUGAUCAUCUCGUUGCAACAAAGUUUGUGAAUGGUUUGAAGGAUGAAGGGGUACAGUUCCAAAGGAAAUUGUGUCCAUGGCCAUUGGUUGCAAAAUAUAAUGGCUACGGUGACUCAAACUCUCAUCAUAGUUAUGAGUGCAAAGAUCAGUAAAUGAAUACUCUGUGUUAUACAAAACUUAAACAGGUAAAAUACGGUUUGAGUCAGUGACAAAUCUGAUGCUUGUAAAUUAUGGAUCUUGAACAUAAUGUAUGUAGCUACUUCACCAUCACCAGUGGUAACCUAGCAGAGAACCACAUGCCAGACCAUUUGUUGAUGGAUUGGGGCAAAUAAGGACAUGAGAUAAAACAUGGAUGAGAUGGAGAGAAUAUGAUGGAUUGGAAAAGGGAGAGAGGAAGUUUUUCACCUCUAUGUAGAAUUCUUCUAAUUUGCAAAUUGUUUUUUUCCUUAUCUGAACUUUUUAUCAUUGUUAUCCAAAAUUCCAUUUCCUCAUGUCCAGAUCAUCUAUCUGUUCAAAUAGGUUAGCAAGUAGUAUAUUUCUUUUCAUGGUCACCUUUUUAGUCACUUCUUAUUGAUCUCAGGUUCAAGUGUUUAUGAUCUCUCACUCCCGCUGUAAUCCUCAACAUGCUCUGACUUGAGCUGCUAUAAAAGGUUCAAGGGUUCAUUAGGGAGUGACAAGUUAGGAGAUUUUUGCUUGGAAUUUGUACAAGACAGACAAGUUUUUAAAAUUUUACAGUGUUUUUUUUUCUGUGAAUAUAUGUUUGACAGC